GUUGCAUCAUCAUUAUUAACCGCGUGACGUUGUCAAUAACUCACAACGAGGAAAGUUAAAUAUUGAGAAGCGGGUAAGGUGAGCUGAAACUUAGUAACUAUGAGGUCAAUCACAGCUUCAUUUCGACACUAGCUGCAUAUCCACUGGCAAGCCAGGUGAGAGGCGCCUUCCAGGAAACAGCCAGAUUCACUAGGACAGCUGAAUGACUUGUAAUUUCAAAACUCUUGCCUGUAGUUUCCACUAAGGCUUUUCUUUGCUUGCGUUGUGGAACAUAUCAGUUUUGCAUAUGAUGAGCAGCGUCGGUUCACGAGAACUGCUUAUAAAUGUCCACUAAAGCGGAUAGAGACUCACAGGUAGAUGUGACCCACCUAGAUACCCGCAAAGCAGAAUGGGCUGAAGACACUGACGACCCGGAGGUGAUGAGGACGGAGGAAGCUCCAGCGCCUCGCAGGCUCAGCCGCAGCCCGAAGUGCGCUCGCUGCAGGAAUCACGGCGUCGUGUCGCGCCUCAAGGGCCACAAGCGCCUGUGUCGCUGGCGUGACUGUCAGUGCGCGAACUGUCUGCUGGUCGUAGAGAGACAGAGAGUGAUGGCAGCGCAAGUCGCCCUCCGGAGACAGCAGGCCACAGAGGUUGGCUACAAGCCGCCUGUGUUAGAGGACUGGCCAAAGAGACUCCACCAACCCCCAGUCAGUGUUCGUAUGAGGAAGAGGAGAGCGUUUGCAGAUAAAGAGCUGGAGACUGUGAUGCUGGAAAGAGAGCUGAGGCAAAGAGAAAUGGAAGAGUUGCCUGCGCUCCUCCUCCAGGCUGUGGUGCCGUCCGCUCCCUCUCCGUAUUUUUUCCCGCUGUCAGACCCAAUCAUGCCCACGUACAUGCCUGUGUCCAAAAGCGACUGUGAUCUCCCUCACCAUCAACACUCGCUUAAAUCCAAGACUCUAGACUGCGGCCCAAACACACUGACAGACAGCGUCUCUCUAAGAGUGUGUGAGAACUGGGACAUUUUCAAUGUGAUUCGGCCUCCACCGCGCUGUUACAGCGCAAGCCCAGGUGUCAACAUGGUUAAAAACAUACCGGACAGCGGGUUUUCUGAUAUGUCUGUCAAACCAAAAAGUUUAGUUGUCGACACCAUGUCAAAGCAAGGCAUUCCUCCCUCACCGUAUAUGGCAGACGUGCUGGUACAAGCUAAAUCGCCCCACAAACGCUGCAGGUCAUUGGGACACGAGGCCUCUGUUCACAUGGACUGUACGGAGGGUGCAAAUAAAGACCCCAUCAAAAAAGCUGUAACACGGCCAUUACCUUUUUCUGUAGAGGCAUUGCUCAUGAGAUAAGAAUAUUU